GACAUCAAGGUAUUAAAAUCAAAUCUACUCAACGAAUUAAAAAAAAAAAGUUUCUUUUUAAUUUAAUUAAAUCAUGACGGGAGCUUAUACGAAACACAUGGAGGGAGAACGUUAUGACAGGUUGUGCGAAACGGUUAAAGAAUGUCAUCGAUUAUUAAAUGAAAAAAGUGUCGAAAAUACACGUGACGUACAAUACCUUGUCACCCGAUUACUGAUUCUAGUUAUGGAUUACUCUAAAAAAACAAUAGAAGAGUUUGUUUACGCAGGUGGAUUUACACUAUUUUUUCGGCUUGUUAAAGAAAGAAGUGAAAAUCCUUUCAUUGGUAGUAUAAGUGGUAUUUUACGAUUUUUUAGCAUUCUUUUGGUUCAACAAGUGGAUCCGUAUGACGAAAAUCUAGGUGUAUUACCCAUGUUAACCUAUUUCUUGUGUGAGCGGCAUACGCAUUCCGUUGAUAUUGAAUGGAAUCAUCAUGAAUUAACCUUGAUGAUGCAGUUCCUCGACUCAAUUCUUCAAAUUGUUACAGCCAAAGCAAAUGCUAAUGUAGAACAGUCCGAUAUAUUAACAUGUCUGCAUUUAAUGUCUAGCGCAUUAAAAAGUUAUCCUCCACACCGUGUGGUUAAUUCGGCUAUAUUUGUUUUCUCUGUGGAACGUUGUAAAAAAUUUUUCACAGCACUUGAAGAGUUUACUGAGCUUUGGAAAAACCCAAAACAUACGUUGUUACUUGGAGAAAUACUUUUUUCAAUUUGUUCUUUUGGAUUGGGUCCUUCGAUAUCAGCGGAUCUUCCGAUUUCCGUAUUAAUGCUUAAUAUCCAAAGUUGUCUUCUUCCUCAAUUACGAUGUCCAUGUACACAAUGUGAGUUUUUAAGACGUAUACAACGUGCGGCUCGAGAAAGAGACGAAUUAGGAGUCACAAAAGCAGCAGAGUCCCGAAAACAAUUGUGUUUUGCCUUAAUUCAAGCUGAUAUCAUGCGGCUUCUUAUGAAAUUACUCAGCACAAUGGGUACUGACGAAACUAAAGAAGCCUCUUGCUGUUCUGAAACUCAAGUAAAAAACAUCUCUAAUAAUUUUACUCCAUCACCGGAUGAGGGAGACCCUGAUAAGUCUUUGUCAAGAUGGGAUCUAAAUAAAAAGUUCAGUGAAGAAACCGUUCAUUCUCUUCAUCAAAGCUCGGAUUAUAUGCUAGCCUUCAGUCAUCCAGAAAACAUUUUGGAUAAAUCUCUUCGUUUUGUAGCUAUGACGCUACUUAUUUGCUCCUAUGCUUAUCAAGAGAUUUAUCAUGGGCAGUCUAUCGUGAUGUACGACAAAUCAAAACUUUUGAAAGAGUGGUUGAAGUGUAUCCAUAAAGAAAACCAAUGGUGCGAAUCCAAGGAAAGAUUGAAAACAGGAAUAAAUGUUAGCAUUCAGGCAAUAUGUUCCUUAAUAUUAAAGGCCCCUGAGAUGAAACGUCAAUCGCUAUGCAACGAAACAAAAGAUAUAUUUUUGGAUUUGUUUCACAGUAUUUGUGAAGGGGUGCUACAAAAAUGUGAACUUUCAGGUAGGGGUUGGAGUCCAUCGAUGGGGCAUUUAGUUCCGACUUUUGUAUCUCUUCUGCAAAUUAUCGCACACGGAUCGAAUGAGUGUGAAGCUACGAAAAACGUUUCGCAACCCCUGAGUGACAAAGAUAUUAAGAACGCCUGCGAUGUCACUAAUAUUUUUUCUGAGGGGUUUGUGUACAAUUCUUCUUCAUUAGAUCAUCGGGUAUUUAUAAAAUGUUUACUGAUGGCUAAAGGAAUUCUUACGGGUGUCGAAUCAUAUCUUAAAUGUCCCGAAUUCCGACGUUUUUUUUUUCCAACAGCUCAUGCUUCCACUGGUUUUAUGAGUUCAACAACGCGAAUGCUCUUGCAAAAGUUUGAUGAGAAUCUUGCAGGCGAGGAAGGAUGUGUUGUAAUCAGAGUGUUGGGAUCUUUAAUUAUUUCUCGAGCAGAAAAAGCUUCUUCGAUUAUAGAAACUCAAAAACAAAAAAACAAAAGUAUAGAAAACACAGUUGUUUCAUGUUGUUAAGUGGAAUUUCUUGUUUUUUUUUUUUUUGAACAUUUUAACCCUAUUUUUUUAUCACCUUACUAAUUAUAAGUCUAAUGUAUUUUGAUGA